CGUAAUCGUAUCUUAUACGAUGGUUGUCGAUAUAAAUAUAAAUGAGAAUUGAUCCUUUAUCCAUCUUUAUUCCAUUUUUCUCGAUCAGUGGUGUUUUUGAGCUUUCCUUUAUUUUUUGUGAUUUCUCUCUUUCUUCUUCGUAUCGUUUCGAGGAAAUACUCCUUAACCUGCGCCGGUUAAAGCUCUUAACCUGCACACAAUCGCCGGCGAUUUAUGAUAUCUGAACCCCUCGGUUAGAUUCUAGCGAAUAGAUCGUAUCGGAAAAUAUUAAAAAUGGAGGUUAUGGUGGGAUCGCCGUUUGGAAUCAGCAUGGCGGCGUACGUUAGGGAUCGCGGCGGCGUAUCGGCGCAGGAUAAGACUGUACCGGCCGCUCUGUUUAUGGCGGAUGAAUCAAGACGCGUUGGUGGAUCGCAGAUCGGGAUCGGAUUGAGGGUUAGGACAAAAUCGCCGGAGGAAUCGUCGGAGGAGGAUAGCUCAUCGUCGAUAGGAGAGAGCAGCGAAAACGAGGAUGAGGAAGAAGAAGACGAUGCCGUUUCGUUCCAAGGAGGAGGAGGAACACUUGAUUCGUUUAGUUCCUCUUUAGAAGACUCUUUGCCGAUUAAGAGAGGAUUAUCGAACCAUUACGUGGGGAAAUCGAAAUCGUUUGGGAAUUUAAUGGAAGCGAGCAACAGGAACGCCAAGGAUCUGGAGAAAGCUGAGAAUCCAUUCAACAAGAGGAGGAGAUUGAUUAUUGCUAGUAAGCUAAGGAGGAGAGAAAGAUCUUUGUCGGCUUCGAAUUUUUACACCUGGCAAAACCCUAAUUCCAUGCCUUUACUUGCACUCCAAGAACCCAAUGAAGAGGAUCACAAUGAUAAUGAUGACUAUGAGGGCGGUGAUGAUGGUAAUGAUCAAACUGUAAAGUUGUUGGAGAAGAGGAAGAAGAUGAUGAUGAUGAUGAAGAAUAAGAGAGAUUUGAUGGCUCAGACUCAAAGCUGUUUCUGUCUAAGUAGUUUGCAAGAGGAAGAUGAUAACGAUGGUGAUGAUGAUGAUGAUGAUGAAUGAUCAAAUCAGUUACAUGUUUCUUUGAUACUUGUUUUAAUUUGUUCUUCUCUUGUGAAUUUUUUUUUUCAUUAUUUUUAAAAAGGGAGAUUAGAGGAAGUUUCAGUGGUGGAAGAUUUGAUUUGUUAGGAAUAUUAUUAUUAAUCUAUUCAUACAAAGUAGCACACCCUUAAGACAUUUUCCCUAUCUACAAAGUUUAAAGGACUAUCA